UAUCAUCAUCAUCAUCAUCAUCAUUGCGAAUAGUGCCAUCUGGUGACCAUUGACAGAAUUUAAUUUGAUCAAAGUUUUUUUCGAUUGAUUGAUUGAUUAUAGAAUUUUCAAAUUAAAUUAUACUAAAUAAAUUGAAAGAAUUUGUAAUUUUUCUUGAUAAAUUAAGUGAAAUACUAUAAACCGAUUAUAUGUAACGGUUUGAUGUCUGAAGAAUUAAAAUCAAAUAAUAAUACUGAUAGUAAUCAAUCAGCAAUGAACAAUAAUAAUAAUGAUAGUGAUGAACAAAUCAAAUCCGAUAAUAAUAAUCAUCGAACACCAACAUCAUUAUCUGAUUUCAUUACUUGUCGGUUGUUCCAAUGAUAUUAUACCGAUUAAGAGCUGGAAAUUUCAGAUUAAACCAUUGUCAUUUCCAUUAGAUGAACAACAUGUAAUCGAUGCAUCAACAAAUGAUUCGAUUUCUAGUCCGACGAAUAAUAAUGAUGAAUCAAGGCAUACAAUGUGGUUACGACGACAACGAUCAAGUGUGGAAAGAAUUCGUUCACCAUCACCAUCAAAAUUUGAUGAAAUCAUUGUCAAACGUACACAAAGUAAAUUACGUGGCAUUAGCAUGCAAUCAUUGAGGAAAGAAAUUGAAAUUCAUUCAAAAUUUGUGGCAACACAAUCAUCAUCGAAUCUAUUACAAUCAUCAUCGAUAAUUUCAUUAUCAAAAUUGAGACAAUCAACAUCAUCAUUGUGGUCAUCAAAGACAAAUUCAUCACAAUCAUCAUUGAUGAAAUGUAAAUUAAAACAACGAUUUAAAAGUCCACGACAUCAUAGUAAUGGUUCACUAGUUAUUAUCAACGAUAACAUUAAUGAUAAUAGUCAUGAUCAUGAGAAAUCGAUUGAUCUCUGAGAAAAUAAAACAUUUGAGUUUUUUUUUUUGGUUC